UUUAGUUGUGUGUGAAAUAGGGGAUGGAUGCCACUUGCCCGGGAGAGGCCGCAGACAUUCUUUUGAUGGACAGGACAGAUGUAGUGGAUGCCUAGGACCGCUCAAUUCGUGACAAAAUAUCACAUGUCUCGAUCCAGCAAGUCUUAUAAAACUCUUCCAAGGAACUUGUUUUGGUGCAGAAGUAGAAGACUUUGUAGAGGUGUGUCUGAUGAGACGAACACUAAGGAUUGUUUCCGCAACUGGAUCAGUGCUCCAGUGCAGAACAGCGAGCAGCGUUUCAAGUCGAAAGGUAGCCGAACGGCCAGUAGUUAGCUCUAACUUCCCUCCUCGGCACGCACCACAUACGAGUGCGUCCGUGGCACCGAAAAAGAAAAUUCUUCGUUCUGGUCUGUUGGUGGCCGCUAGUGCGUUAGCGGCGAUUGGACUCGGCAGUAUGUCGUCAUCUUCGAAUAGCGGCACGAGAACUGGUGGAUGGUGGGUGCCCUCCUCAGACGGUCAUCUAGAGGACGCUGAGCACAAGGUUCUAUCUGUGCUGAAGUCUGACGUGGAGGUGUCCUUUGUGGAACUGGACAAUGGUCAUCGUGUGCGCACAAUGGUUGUGAACCGUGGCCAGUUUCCCGACAAGGAGCCACUUGUUCUUGUGCAUGGCUUUGCAGCAGCCAUCGGCACCUGGGCUAAAAACAUUGACGAGCUAGCUGAGAAGAGAACAGUGUAUGCUCUAGACCAGGUUGGUUUCGGCCGUAGUGAUCGACCAGAGUUCAGUACCGAGCCGGACGAGGCAGAAGAGCAGUUUGUUGAGAAUCUAGAGCAAUGGCGAGCUAAGAUGGAGCUCGACUCGUUCAUCCUGCUCGGCCACAGCCUAGGUGGUUUCAUUUCACUCUCGUAUACCUUCAAGUAUCCUGGGUUCGUCAAGCAUCUAAUUCUGGCUGAUCCGUGGGGAAUGGCUGUGCGGCCUGUUGAGGGCACCGAAUUUGAGCGGACCUAUCCAAUCCGUUACAAGUUCUUUUCGUUCGUUGGCGCUCGGGUCAGCCCGCUUGGCAUUCUACGUGCAGCUGGCCCUUUCGGUCCUGGUUUGAUGCAACGCGCCCGUCCCGACUUGCAGCGCGUCUUCUCCGACUUGUACCCUGACACUACCAUGCUGGAGUACAUGUACCACUGCAAUGCCCAGCAGCCAAGCGGCGAGCUCGCCAUGAAGAGCCUGAUGAGCAAGAACAUGGGCUUUGCGACCAACCCAAUGCUAGAGCGCAUCGGCGACGUGCCCGACGGCCUCAAUGUCUCGUUCAUCUACGGCGAGCGAUCCUGGAACGACAGUGUACCGGGCGAGAAGACACGUGAGAUUCUAGGGAAGAGUCGUGUGGAUGUGACUGUUUUACCUGAUGCCAACCACCAUGUGUACGGAUUCGAUGGCUUCAAUCAAGUUGUAAACGAACACUGUCGCCAGGUUGAUGUGACACAGUCUGUGUCGCCACACCUGCCGACAUGUCAGUAGCCUGCCGAUUUUUGAGGCCUGUAAUGACCUGCUGACAAUUGACCUUCUCCUGCUGACAACAGCCAUGAAAGUAUCCAAGUUUGCCCUUGUGCUUGGUUUAGAAGUCAUGGUCCAGAUUUUUGGCUAUUACUGCUCAUCACGCGUGUUUCCAUAGCUCUCUCCUAAGGUGCUAAGCGAAUCAUCAGCUGCCUGGGGAAAAUCGGCAAACUCAGCCUGAGUCUCAUGCAAAGCCGUGAAAGGUUUUCUUAACAGUUUCGCGCCCGUGUGUGUCUGUGUAUCUGUGUAUUGGGGUUACUAUGAAGGAGGGGGGGGGGGGGGGGGUCCGGGGGCAAAGCCCCCGGAUGAUGCAUUUUUAUUUUUUCAUCCUACUGAUAUUUGGCUAUAAUGAUGUGGCAACACUGCACAGUCUUCGCUAUAGGUGACACGUCGUCUUACCAGUACUGGUACGUUUGCCUGUUAGUACUGCACGCAACUUACUGCCUCACUGGCCAGCCUUUCAUAUUGUGCUGCCUCAGCCCUGGUGCUAGUCACGUUCAUAAAAAUGUUUCCAUCCGUAUUAAUUUAUCACAGUAAUAUAGUACUCUUCUAUUAUCACAUCCAUGUGACUUGAAAUUUGAGAUCCGUAUUUCUUGUUGCUCGCCUGGCUGCAUGUUUGCCUGGUGGUCAAAAAUUAUGUUAUCCCGGCGAGCACUCUUUCUUAUUUGAUUCAUGAUGGUUUGGGUUGUUUCGUUGCCACACUCAGUAUUUAUUUUUAGGAUAGGGUGGUAGUGCGCUGCAGCUUUAGGUAGCCUUUCUAUUGUUAUUAUUCUGUCAUGUCUGCGUCCUGCUGCCACUGCUGGACCAAGGUGCUGGUCACCUUGUUCUUUGCUUUCUUUUUACGGUGCAUGUACUAGUACUCCUUUCUAGUCCUGUUUGUUAUCCGUGCGUGUUGAUAUUCUUUGUUUCUCAAAGUUCAUGUUGAGUCAGGAAAAAAUGAACCGUUUGUGUAAAUAAAUAUUAAUUAUGUCCAGUCCCUACGUGGACCAGGAGUCAAGUACAUGUAUACAGCUGAGCACUGUCGCUUGCAUUUUUUUGCACAUGCAAUGCAAAGUAUACUCUUGAGUCUUGAUGUUAUCCGACAACAACAGA